AUUUCGUACUGAGUCUGGAGAUUCGUAAUUUCAGUCGUUGGGAUGGCGGGUGAUAACACUGAAAUAGACUUGUAUGAUAAUAUUGACGAGGACUUCGUGCAGGAAUGUACCGAUCUCACAGAGUUAUAUGACGAUGUUAUCGCACCAAUUAAGUCAGAGAAUUCUUCUGGCGUUCCAUCAAUGGCCUCUAAGCACUCAUAUAGUUCUUCAGCUCCUCCAGGGCGCCGUGUAUCAGUCUAUGUCGGUAAUUUGACUUGGUGGACAACAGAUUUAGAUUUGCUAGAAGCAGCAUCAGGUAUCGGUAUUAACGAUGUUAUUGAAAUAAAAUUUCACGAAAACCGACAAAAUGGUCAAUCCAAAGGGUUUUGUGUAAUGGUUUUCGGGUCAGAACAGUCCAUGCGUUUGGCUAUGGACAAAUUUCCAAAAAUAGAUCUCCACGGCCAAAAUCCUGUUGUCACAAGCUAUACAAAGCACAAUUUGAGCGUUUUUGAAAAAGCCGCUGGCAGCGACAAUCAGGCUACUGCCCGACCUCGCACGGAAGAAAUGCAGACAAUGAAGGUGUCUGGAGGCACUACUGGUGUUUUGGGGAACCGCUUACCGCCUCCAUUAAUGGCUACACCUACUAUGCCUGCAUCACUUGGAUUCAGUGUACGCAAUAACAGUCCUUUGAUGGGACAAGUCGUCCCAAACGUUCGAAAUGCAGCCAAUCUGUCAUCUAGUAUUCAACAAGCUCUUGCUAAUCACAAUUCACACUCCGGCUUAGGCGGAAAUGCAAACGUAAAUCAAUUGCCUUUAAACUUUCCGGGUUCAACCGGCGUUCUAAUGCCUCCGAGUGGCAUGUCAACAGCAACCUUAGCAGCAAAUGCUACAGGACUAUUACCCUCAAACUUCACUCUUCCUAGCACGAUUGCAACAUCCAUCGCAACAAAUGCUCAUGUGAACCCAAAUUUUUUGACACAACAAGUACCGGGAAAUCCUCCGAUGUUACCAAAUUCUUUGCCACCUGGUGUAAUGCAGUUGCCUACUCAGAACAAUGAUUCCAGUGUAAGACCACAGUUUGAUCAUUACGGGAGACCGGUUAUUCAUACUUAUACCCCUCGUAAGUCCUUAUUAAUAGUUUAGUUUUAUGUACUGGGCAGCUUAAAUGUCCCAGUAUACUUAGUCUUCGGUUUCAUUGGGUGCUCAUAGAAACAGUCAAUUGAAGAAAUUUGAGAUGCUACCUCAUGAAGGCUCUUGUGUGAUUUUUCAUUUCACCUUGUUUUGCGCACUUAUCAAUUUGACCAACGAGAUACGUUUUUAUAUUUGAUUUUUUUGUUAGGUCUUUAUAACACCUGGUAAUAUUGUGCACCGUUACAGAAACAUAGGCAUUAAAGCUAAAAUCUGCAAAAUAGUAGUUAAUAUUCAUGUACUUUGAUUAUUAUUGGACUCCUAAACAGAUCCUUCAUUCACUGUCGAAGAGUUGGAGAUAUUCCAUUUAACUUUCCCCAGAAUACCUACGUACCGUUCAUGUUAAUUGUAAUUGUAGAUUACUCAUUAUGAGAAGCAGAUUCUUGUACUUGGUUGCAAGUAACAAUUCGAGUAUAAAAACUAGUAAUACUUUACUGUCUCUAGGCGAGGUUCAGACCUGCCACUCGCCUGGAAACCGCAUGCUGUAAAUGUUGAGCCACUCCCUGAUCACGUUAAUGUAUUUCAUAUACCAAUAGAAAAUCUAUAUACUGAAUUGUUGAUGCCUGACUUCAUGAAUUACGUUGUGAACGGAAUAGUCCAUGAAAUAAACUGGCCACUUAUUGCAAUGUAGACGAGUCUUGACCCGCCUGUAACAUCUUGGAAGCUAAUGCGCUUAAAUAGUGGUCUCGUAUCCUAGUUCAUUUGGACACUGUACUGCUUAACAGUAGAUACUUAACCACUGUCGGUCUUGCACUCAUGUUAACAAAACGUCAUUUGAUUCUUUUCAACAACCAAGAUGUUUGUUGUUGAUUCAAAGUUACCACUGUGCUAACUACGAUAAUCUGGCUUCCUAAAAUGGGACUAUGUGCUUAUAUUAACAUGUAUGCUUGUUCAGUUUUGUUUCAAAUAAAAGUUCUCAUAGGUCACUGUGAAUCAAAUGGUCAUUUGUUCAAAGUUAAUGGUUGUUUUUAGUCUCCAAAACAGGUCUUGUCAUAAGAAAUACGAAUCAAAUUCUAUGCACCAAGGAUAUAACAUUUAGUAACGGGUUUAUGUAAUUCUAUAUAGAUCUGCUCUUUGAGUAGUUAGGAUGUAUGUAAAAUCAAAGUCAGUCAAACGAAAUCCUGAUUAAUGUAAGUCUUAGUUGUGAUUCCUUUAUAUCUCUAAAACAUUACAGGGUGUAGUAACCAUCUGUUUCUAAGAAAACCAGAAUAUGGGAUAAUUAAGUGUAAAAACCGUAUUCCAGCAUACGUCAGAUGUGUAAUCGUUUCUAGAGCCUUCUUCCUUCGCCCCAUAGAUUUCGGUUUACACAAACUAGCAGUAUCACUAUAUAUCAGUGCUUUAGUUGAACAUCAUUAAACUCACUUUAGGUGCAAUUGACCUAAGGCUGUUACCUUUCGGGAUAGACGGCCUACUAAUGAGAUCCAACCAAUUCUGUCCUGAGCUAUCCUUUCUAAUUUUUGCCUAUUAAUAUUUAUGUCCCUGAUAACUGCCUUCAAUUCCCAGCAUCAUGUGUUCUUUGGUCUGUUUUUUUCCUUUCGCCUUAAAGAUCUUGAUGUACUGCUUGUUUUGUGAUACAGUUUUAUUGGUUCUCGCAAACUAUAUCCCAUCCACUUCUAGCUUUGUUAUAACUCUCUCUCUCUUACGGUAAUGACCCAGCUAUUCCCAUUGCUUAGUAUUCUAGGACACCGAUUCACUCGACAAGUCCCCAAAUCAGAACACGGUUGAACAGGAAGGAGAUUAUAUUCCAAAUAACAAGGUUAGAUGGAGGCAAGAAGCAAGUCAGAAGCACAAUAGGGAAAACGUCAGUAUAUUUAUAGUUUUUACAUAAGAAGAUUCCAGAGUAUUCCCCAACUAUCGACUAGUGCUGAUUGGAUAAGAAUCAGCCAAUCAGCGUGCACCAAAGCAAUCAUGCAUUGAGCAUGCUUUAAUCUAGUCUAUGUCCCGCUAACAAGCUUCUUCCUAACUUCCUCCUCAGCUGUAAGCUAUUCUGUUUUCUGUCACAGUUGGUUACUGAUGGUCUCUUGCCAAGGAUUCUGUAGUAUGUUUCACUGACAGCUGUUCACAAAUACCUGUACUUUUUGGUGAUUGUAGUAUCAGUUCUCCAGGUUUCACCCCCAUAUAAUAGCACUUUUGAUAUUUGUGUUGAGAGUCUUAAUUUUGGUUUUGAAUGACAGUUGUAUCGAGUGUCAGAUACUCUUCAAGUAUAAGAAUGUUGGUCUUGCUUCACAUCUGUAUCAGAUCUUUCUUGUGUAUUGGUGAUGCUUCCCAGGUAUAUAAAAGUCACCACCUCUUUCAGAGCUGGUUGGUACUCACUAUAUCGUACUCCAGAGUCUUGAAUAUUGAGUCCUAUCGCUGCAGAAGCUUUUGCAUGGUAAAGAAUGGUCUAAAUUAUCCAGCUGCGUCCAAGGUGUAUACUGUAUUCCGUGCUUUUAUCGGGACAUGGACAUCUUCAUAACGCAAAAACAGCUAGAAGAAAAAGAAAUUGUGAGAGCAGGCACCUUUGUUUGACACGCGUCUUUAGUUAGGAUACAUCUGUGAGCUACUUUCCAUGUACAAGUUUUCACUUCAGUCAUUCGUAGGUGUUCUAUGAGGUGGUGACGAUCUUAGGUACUCCACAGUGUCAGAAAAUUUCAGUUUUUCUAUUCACGCUGUUAAAUGCCUUCUCACAGUCUGAGUUGAUGUACAAUAAUAAGUUCUGUCCGAUUGAUUGUUCAAACAAAGAUAAGUAGUGUCGGGGUUUAUCUGUUAAAUAAUCGGUCUGCAUAAAAACCAGUGUUUUGGUCUCAAAGUUGGGAGCCUCUUGGAUUUUUCAUUCGGCUCAGCAAGACGUUUGUAAACUUUUCCUGUCACCGGUAUUAGUGUGAUGGCUCUGCGAUUUAAACUACAGGGUUACGAAAAAUCAGUGGGUUCCUACUUAGUCUAUUGCACAGAUGGGUUCUCGCAAACUCAUCCCUUCAGGCUUUGAACACGAUGAAGGGCGAAAGCAAAUCAGAUCUAGGUUAACCAAAAGUCUAAAGAAUAACCGUGAGCCGUGGUGAACAACGAAAGCAAAAGAGAUAAAAAAGGUGGCGGCUGUAGGUAACACAAGACAGCUCUUCAGACUCAUAAAAGAAACUGCAACUAAAUAGUCAAGUGUAAGUGAGACUAUCUCGGAAAAAAACGCUCUUAUCUGCUCUCAACCCAGGCGUUCAGAACGAUGGGCGGAACGCUUUAAGGAGCAGUUCAACAGGCCUUCAUCUACUCUACAACUACCCAUCAUUCCCAGACAGCGUGAAUGGAACAUUGAAGUAGGUCCCCCGACUCUAGCUGAAGUUCGUAAGGCCAUAGCUAAUCUGAAACUAGGUUGGGCAGUUGGUCCAAUUUUAGCGAUUAAGUUGACUAAUAUUUUAGCUAAAAUCUGGGAGUUGGACGUAAUCCCAAUAUAUAAGAAGGGAUCAAAAUCGUCCUGUGACAACCAUAGAGGGAUUAGUUUAACUAAUAUAGCAUCUAAAAUACUAGCCUCAAUAAUUAUCGGACGCCUAACAAAGACUCGUGAACUAUCAACACGAGAAAGUCAGGCUGGCUUCAGACCUGAUCGUGGCUGUAUCGACCACAUAUUCACCAUCCGUCAGGUUCUAGAACAUAGGCAUACUUAUCGGUGUCCGACAAUGUUGGUCUUUCUUGACUUAAAAGCAGCAUUUGACUCGGUAGACCGCGAGAUUCUGUGGCAGUGUCUGUCAUUGAAAGGCGUACCUCAGAGGUACAUAAACCUUGUGAAGCCUCUUUACUCGAACACUACCAGUCCAGUCAGAGCUUAUGGCGAACUGUCAUCUGCUUUUGCAACCUCAAGUGGUGUCCGUCAAGGCUGUCCACUCUCUCUAUUUUUGUUUAACUUCAUCAUAGACCUACUGAUGGAAAUAACGUUCUCGUCGACUGAAUUCUCGGGCAUUGAUCUCCUUCCAGGAGGUCCACUUGUCGACUUAGAAUACGCAGAUGACAUAGUCCUGUUUGGUGAAGACGCUGACAAAAUUCAGAGUCUUCUGGUAGCACUAAGCAACAAUGCCAGAAUGUUUGGGAUGCACUUCUCUCCCUCUAAAUGCAAGUUUUUGCUUCAGGAAUGGCCUGCGUCAACACCUGAACUAGGGAUAGGGAGUGAAGUGGUCGAACGCGUUGACAACUUCACUUAUCUUGGAAGUCUGCUCAGCUCUAAUGCGUUGGUGUCUGACAAAAUCUCAGCACGGAUUCGAAAAGCUCGUUUGGCUUUUGCCAACUUACGUCACCUAUGGCGAAGGCGAGAUAUCCGUCUAUCAAUAAAAGGACGGGUAUACUGAGCGGCAGUCCGUUCUGUUUUAAUUUACGGCAGCGAAACAUGGCCAUUAAGAGUAGAAGGCACUCGUAAGUUACUAGUAUUUGACCACAGAUGCCUUAGAAAUAUUGCUGGCGUCUGCUGGGAUCACUGGGUAAGUAAUAAUGAGGUUAGACGUAGGGUAUUAGGGAACGAUGGUGAAUCUUUAUCGACUGAGAUGGUUGGGCCACGUGUUGCGUAUGCCUGAACGCCGAUUACCACGACAUGCAAUGCUAACCGGUGUUGGAGAUGGAUGGAACAAAGUUAGGGGCGGCCAAACCAAAACGUGCCAUCAGUCCACAAAGUCUGAGCCAUGUUGGCAGACGCAGACUACUUGGUUGAAGUCUGCAGGACUAUCGUAACAAAUAGUUAGAAACACUGGGUGACAUGGCUCAGAAUCGAUCACAAUGCCGUAGGUGUAUACACUCUGUAUUCCCUUAAACUGUGAAAUUAAAAUCGCUUCAUAUCUUUUUUCCUAUGAACUAUUUUUUUCUUCCUGUACUAUAUCCUUAUACACAAUCUUUACUAUAAUUGAAGUGACUACUAUGAAUUCGGUGCUCAUCUUGUUGUGCUAAUGUGUGGCAACUUGGACGGAUGCACAUAUGUGUCUGGUCCUACGUUGUAGCUGACUGACUGACUGUGACGCCUCUGUAUCUCUCACUUUGUAAGGUAUACUUCCUUAUCUUAGUGGGAUGUGUUUUUCGUGCCAGUGUGUUGGUAUUUAUUCCUCCUAAAUCUUUCUGAAGAGGACGUGAAACAUCUGUGUGCAUCCGUGGCAGUUCUGUGCGAUAGACUGCAGCCUCACAAAGGUGAUCUUUAUCGUCUUACUGCUAUCGUUGGUGGGUGCGCAACACUGGAUAACAUCCAUUGUAACCUUUUUUUGUUUCAAAGUGUCUCUUUAUGGUCCUAGAGCCAUAACAUUUUUACUCUAUAAGCUCUUUCCGGUUCUCUUCGAAGAGCUUAAGUGCAACCUUCCUGUAUGCAGGUCUUGCUUUUCCUUAUGAUCAGAAUACAAAAGUACCUCUCAACGUUAGUCUUUUUUAUCCAGCGUGUGUCUAAUGAGUUCCACUUAUUUUAAACAGCCGGGAAUUGGAACGGAAGGGUCAUACAGUUCACAAAUACUUGAGCAAGGGUUCUGCUUGAAUAUAACCAAAAGGAUUAUGUUAGUGGAGCUGAUCUCACUUUUAUGUAUUAAGAAAUUGCAAAAAUCCCAACUGGCUAAUCUGAGUUAUAUCUGAUGACAUCUCAGUUCACUGAGUCUUGUUAUCUCUAGAACUCGGACCAUGGAGCCUUGUUUGUUCAGAGAAUCCGAGUCCUAUACAACUCGCCCACAUCAAGGCGCUGUGCCAUAAACUGACUACCUGUACUUUCUCCAUCCAGUCCCAACGUUGGCAAAUAAUGGGUAAUAUAAAAGUCGCUGUGGUAAUAUUAGUAAAAUUAUGUCUAAGGCACUAAAGCUGGUUUUUAAGUUAGUGAUACUAACUGGGUUGUUACUGCCAGAACACAUGUUAUCGAACUUCAGUAUUACUAACAUAGUAUUACGACUGGGGAUCACAAACCCUUCGAAGGUAUUAAUCGCACAUAGUUGCUAAACCUCAACAGGACGAAACUGCUCUCGUUGACUCAUCGUAAACAUAACACCCAGAUUAAGUCACGACAGUGUCAAAGAAGGCCUGGAUUAAUGCAGUGUCACUCUGGCUUCCACUAUUUGUAAAGUUAUUUCAUCUUUCAUGUCACUACUAGCGCGCAUUCGUACUCACAUACACAGUUUUCGACUACUAACAGGUGACCACAAAGAGUGAAUACAGAUGGGCUUCUGUCAGUCUUGCAGAAGUACUUUGCACUUGAAAGUAUUAAGUAAGUGAUCUCACGGAUACUGAUUAAGUCCACUUUGGGAUAGCUUGGUUUUUCGUACACCAAAGUAAUUUCAACCCUAUAAAUUAGUAAAUGAAGUCUUAUGGUCCAAUGAAUAAAUAGUCCACUAAGUUGAUCUGGUGUUGAAACGUAAAGGACAGUCAGUCAAACAGAAAAGUAGCCACCAAUAAUUUUAAGGUUAUUUAAUUGUCACAACAUGCUCUAGUAUGAACGGCGUUGACAUCUACUUUGAGUAAUAGCAUGUGUUCAAAAUUCCAUCUUCAGGAGCUUGCAGUUUCUUACACUUUAGACCGAAUAAAAGAGUUUGAUGACUUCCCGUUACGUGGUUUCCCUGAUCUACUUGUUUUAAAUAAUACAUCACUGUAGUUGACGAACAUGUAGUGGCAUUCAUCUGAGUUACAAACAGGUUACUUUCAACAUUACUCAAAGGCGUCCAACGUCUGGUCAAAGGUCUGACUAGGCUGUUUAGAAAAAAUUAAGGAGUGGAGUGGUCCAUCUUUCUGAAAUGAAAUGACCGUUAUUCCUAUUAUUAAAAGACUGUAUAUAUCAAUUAUCGGGAUAUAAGUUCACUUUUUAUCGCUUCCGAACUAUUGGCACCCGUUACCCACUGCAAAUUGUGAGAGAUUAACUCGAAUAACAAUCCACCUUUCGUUCAGUUUUGUUAAUACCCAAAAGACUGCAAGCACCUCAAUGACAGUAAUAGCAUACAACCUCCUCUCCAUGAAAUCCACUUCAAAGGUGAAAAUGGAAAAGCGUGCUUAAGGUAAAACAAGCUAAGCACUUAAUCGACCAUCAAGGAGUUGAGUUUAAUCAUGGAAUUUUGGGAACGGUCCUAUUAACCUCCAGCCACCGGUCCAGGAUUAUUAUUAAAAUUGAUAGAUAUGAAGUAGAGCACUUGAGCUUCACUCAAUCCCACCUGAUUAUUCUUGGUCGCCUGCUAUUUCAAUUUGUAUGAAUGGAGAGAAAUCCUCUUAAUAAACAGUCAGUCUGAAAUAUUAACUUACAUAAUCGUCCGUUGCCCAAAUGAAGCUUAGGGACUGCGAGUCCAAAGAAAUUAGAUUAGUUUUAGGACUUAGUAUGAAUACUAGCUCUUAUUUUAUGUAACGUCUUGAAAGUAUGUAACACUGCUAGGAUGUUUUAAUUUGUACUUAACAGUUACUGUUUAUUGUAAAAUGUAUGCUAUCUUUUAGCUUAUUCUAGGCCCUAAUCCUCUUUUGGACUAGUCGGGGUUCUUCAUUUCCUGCUCUUGUCUUUAGUAUUGAUGUAUCACUUAGAUUCUUGCUACCCAACUGAUCAUUCUGUUUCGGAUCUCAUUGGUAUCCUUCCCAAGUGUUAUAACAAUAUGCACUGAGUUAUAAGAGUGAUUAUCUGUUUUACUGUUUACCGUUAAAUAUAUGGUGACUUGAUGUUAUUUCCUUGCAGCUGUUCCAGGAAAGCUCUCUGAAUCAGAGUUCGAAGAUAUUUUGCAGAGAAACAAGACAGUCUCCUCAAGUGCUAUUAACAGAGCCGUACAGGAUGCUGCUGGUGGUGAUUAUGCAAGUGCUAUUGAAACAUUAGUAACUGCAAUAUCUCUUAUCAAACAGUCAAAAAUAGCUAAUGAUGACCGAUGCCGGAUUCUGAUCAACUCUCUUCAAGACACUUUACAUGGUAUUGAGUCGAAGUCUUAUGGUGCUAAGUAAGAUGGGUUUACUUUUUGUUGAUUCACUGAUUUUUAACUAAGAUCUAUUGAAAAAGCAACCUUUGUAAGAAUUUGCUUCAGAACUCAUAAAUUUCCAUGGUCUGAUAAAAAAUGGACAAAAUAUGUUCCAUUUUUCUCAUACAUGUACUAUUACAAACCCAAUUUCUUAAAUUACAAGCUUCAACGAGAAUUUACUGAAUGUAACUUAUUGAAAUAAGCGUAUUACAUAUCUGUGUGGAGAUUUGCGGUCUUCCAAAGUUUACAUUUAAUGGAUUUAAUAGCUUCUGUCUCGAUGGUCGUCAAGUCAAUUCUGUUGCUAACCAGUUUCUUGUGAGUAUUAUUAAUAAAGUAAAGCUUUUAGCAUUUUGACUUUCAAGUCGCAGACAUGUUUAGUAAAAAUGUGUCCAUUGCAACGUUGCUUGAGAGUGCACUCAUGAGCUGCCAAACGUUUGUUCCCAUUUUUGCAGUUGUAAAAAUUUAAAUCGAUUGUUACUUACUAAGUUCAUUGUGUUUCUGACUCAAUCUUCGAAUCGAUUUGAUGUUGUGGUAGGUUGUUAGAACAAAUAGUACUUCUGAUGCGUCAUAUAUCUCAACCACUUCAGCCGAUGGAAUUCCACAACCUUGCUAACUGAUUUGCAAUAACUUUAAUGGCUUAUGGCAAAUUUUUAAAUUAUUUACUCAAGGGUUCUGUAAUGGCUGAGAAAUCGUUUUGAGGAUAUGUCAGAUUUCAGCAACUUAAGCAUACCUUAAACCUUCAAAAGCCAUUAUAGCUAUAAGUCAGUGAUAAACAAUAUGGGACCUGGUACACCACAACACAAUGCGAUAAAAUUACGAGUAUGGGAAUUGUUAGAGGUAUUAUUAUUAUUAUUAUUAUUAUUAUUAUUAUUAUUAUUAUUAUUAUUAUUAUAGGUCGUAAAAAUAUUAGGCAUAGCGAAUAAAAAUCACGCGGAAAGAAUGGAUUUUCAGAAUUAAAUGCUUGAAAUUAUUAUGAAACUUAGUCAUAGGGAAGUCAAACAGUGAAUGCAUCUACGUCAUUGGGAUAGGUUCUCAAUCAUGCCAUCGGACUUGUCCAACCAUUGGUCAUGAGAAUCACACAGACCCUAACCGUGUAAUCUGAAUUUAAUAACAUACUAAUCCACAGUCAAUUAUUUUAAAGUCUAAUACCACUUUUAGUUCGGUCGCUCCUACCUUUCUUUUAACCUACACCCCCGUUUCGUAAUUACAAAUUUAUAUAGAGCCACAUGUCGCAUUGUACGCUGUCUUUUCGAUAAUUACGCAAAUAUCUCAUAUGCACCAUAUUCGGGCUUUCAUAUCAAAUGAUUCUAUUCCUCGUGCUUACAGUGGUUUCUUAGCAAUAACCGUUUGUCGGAAUUUCGUUACUGCAGAUAGUUGUUCACCAGAUGAAAGUGCCAAAAUUGAAUGAAGCGGCUUUGAAAACUUAAGAAACUAAAGAAUAAAGGCACUAGUUCUAAUGUUAAGCCAUGGCAUUUGAUAUCUAAAAUUAUUGAUCGAGGCCAUAUUGCUAACUUUUAAUCAAUGUCCUAAUCUAAUAGCGUUUAUAUGUAGAACUUGGGUUCUGCAUGUUCAUGUAUCCCCUUUCAUCCUAAGGUUUAGUUCAUUUUCGUUUCACUAGAGAACUAAUCCAACAAAUACCAUGUAAACACCUGCGUACCUUUUUAUCUGUUGUAUCGAUCCAGUCAGUAUCGAUAAAAUAAAAAUCGAGCCUUUAUUAUAUAAAGUCAACAUGAAUUGUCAUGAGAUCUCAUGAGUCAUGUUCUUUUUUUUAACCGUUAUAUGAUUAUAGAGUUUCUGUAUGGGGUGACUCAGAUCGAAUUACGUCGGUGACAUUAGGCUUAUCGUGUAUUUUCUGACCUAUUCUCCACUUUUCUCUCAUUUCGGAUCUUCGAUUAUUCUGACAUUUUUCCAUGGUUGUUGGAUUAAUUACUAGAUAAACUCUACCCGCUAUAUUGGCUCUUCAUUUGAUGACGUUUGGAUUCAUCAAGGGAAUAAUUUCACUCAACAUUUUUGUCUCUUCCUGUGUUUUCAAUUUGUGAAUAUUGACAGAUAAUGCCACGGUUUUAUUUAUUUGUACAUUUUAAUACAUUGAGAUGUUUGAUCAUUCAAGCAGGUUAAAGUAACUAGAUUUUCAUUCUGGAAUGAUUAUGCUGUAUUUCCUCGAUUUUUUUCUUGACAGGAGCAGUAGUCGAAGACGUCGUCGUUCGUAUAGCGACAGUGGCAGUGAUGGUGGAGAAGGGAAUUACAAUAGUUCCAUCAGUGGUAGUGGCAACAACAAUUCUCGUCGUCACAGAGACCGAAAUCAUAGGUCUCGAUCUCGUGACCGACACGAUCGGCAUGAACGUCACGAUCGCCGCAGACAUUCUCGUGAAAGAGGGUCUGGAAGUGGCAACACUUACUAUGGCAUUGGAUCCAGUCUUCCUCUUCCUAGUGGAUCUGGUUUGUCUGGAAUCCAAUCAGUAGAUGGUUCCGGUCAGACGUGUGCUGGAAAUCUUGGGAGCAGUGCAGAUCGGUAUCGAGACAGUCGAUACAGACAUUGAUCCUAGUUACAUGCUCCUCUCAAUUGCCAACCUGGUGACCAGUGUAGCAGUACUUUUGUUUUCUAAUUAAUUUUUCAAUUCGUUUGUUCUCCCAAAUCAUCUGGUUGUACAGUUUGGUCAUAUUUCAAUAACCAUUGACUCACUUCAUUGCUGCUAACUUUUAUGUUCACUAUUUUCGUUGUAUUGGUAGAAUUGGAGCUCAGGAGUGUAACAGGCAAGUGAAAUCCUAUAAUAUAUGUUUAUUCAAUCUUUUUAGCUUGUCCACUUACUCAGUGAUCCGGUUACCAUUGGUGCUUAGUUUUGGGUGUAUUUGUAAUUAUCAUUUUGUACAUUGUAAUCUUGUUAUUCCUUUUCGCUGUACUGUUUUGUAUACAUCACUUGUUAUUGAUUAUGUUUUCGUUGCAUGUACUGACAGCUCUUUGAUAUAGAAUGACCAUCAGCUCACUAUUGGAUGAGUGUAUAUCCGAUUUGAUUAAUGUUGCUAACUUCUCCCUUGAUAAUUAUGUAGAUAUUUUCCCAGCCAACUUCAUUCACUGUACAUUUUCAAUCCCUCCUGUUCCUAUAAAGUGUGUAUAGUUUCUGUAUAUUAUUAAGACAAAUAAAAAUUUGUUUAAUGUGGCAUUGUAAAGCUGAAGUGUUCAUAUUUCUGUAUAUAUCAGCUGUUUCAUAUGUUGUAAAUAGAUACUGAGAACGGACGUGGAAAGUCUUGAAUGUACUUGUUUGAUUUCACUGUAAAUAGUUUUUAUCUAAAACGUUCCUGGUUCCUCAUCAUACCACUUGUAAAUAAUAGACUGAUUGAUGCCCCCAUAACUUUGUAUACAUAAAUAUCAAUAUCUUAACUGUUACAUUCCAUGUAAAUAAUUUUUUUUCUAAAAUAAAAUAUAUUACUAGUCUUCUUAAUGAAUAUGCACAACCUAAAUGCGUCAAAAUAUGUCUUUUGUCAUUUCGAAUGUCUAACUCUAUUUUUUCUUCCUUUUCAGGUGUACAGUGGUCGUUUCAAAUCGGGUCUAAAUUAUUGUUUUAAUUUUAAAAAAAUAUACUUAUCAUUGUGUCACUUCGUUUUUUUCUUAUUUUCUCAGCCACAACUGCAUUCACAGGUGUAGUGUUAACCAUAAGGGUUCUACAUCUAGGUUAAUGAGUUACAUCUAUUUAAGCAAUCCAUUUGUUAAUCAUGCACAUUUCAAUAAACCCUAAAACAAUGUACAUAGUAUAACAAGCAUAGUUUCUGAUAUAUUCAAUGCGAUCAUGAUACCUAUUUUCUUGAUGUGUUCUGACCGCUAGUAAGCAAGUAUUUUACUUAAGCGGCUCACACUACUGACUUAUUCUAAGUAGCGUAAAUUACUGAGUGAAAUGUUUGGUUUUGAGUCAAACAUAUUUAUGAGGGUUAAUGGUAUCACUCAUUCGAAGUGUAAAGGACAGUAUGGCUCUCAAACUCUUUGUUUUGUGACUAUAAGCUGGUUGCAUCAGUUAAUUAAAUUAAUAAUCAUAAGACUUGUUCACAAGAAUGAUUCUUCACAAAGAGAUGUGAGGUUACUUCAAGGUCCUAUAUUUUUGGACCUGUUAAUUGCACAUCUAUAAGUUUAAUCCCUACAACAGUUUGUCUGUUUCACUUAUGCAGCGGUUUUUCCUCGGUAGAUUGGUUUGUUCUUAGAUUUCAGCAACUCAGAAGAAUACAGAAGUCUGAACUUAAAUAUACUAAACAUUACUAUCAAUAAAAUUCCUUAUAUUACGAUGUUGAUUGGAAUGGUCCGGAGUAGUAGGAAAUCGUAAUAGGAUACUUGCAGAUGGUGAUUGUCAAACCGUCUCAGCAUUUAUCGCAGUAGCUCAGGUAGCUGUGCUGUCAUUUCCUCAACACCUAGACAGAUCAUUACACUUGAGGGUAUUUAGACUCGUUAAUUACUUCUUGAUCUGAUGUGUCUAUAUCAGUUGAAGUUGUCAUAUCCAAUUAGCACAGAAAAUGAGACUUCACCCAAAUGUAAAGAUAGAGUGGAUGUACCUGCGCUAUUGCGAAAGAAAUGCCGCUCAGAAUUUUUAACCACGGUUCACGAUUAUUGCUCAGAUCCUUAGUAGGUAGUCUGCACCGCCUAAUGUGGUUCAUUCCAAUUCCAUGGACUAAUACCAUUUUUCGUUUUGUCCUCAGCUUUCAAUGUACUCAAACCAAGUCUCGUGAGUGAAUCAAAUCAAUUAGGCCAUCAUAAUCUUACUGCCCAUUAUUUGUAUUCCCUUUGCUUUUUUCGUGUCUAAUUUUCCACUAUUAACGAGAGCUGACAAGUGAAUAUUUUUUCGAAUUUCAAUUUUUCCCCUCAAUGGGUCGUUAUUCUUUAAAUAUACACAUAGUCAUCCUUUCGAUUCUAAUCUACACUUAAUAAUCCUAUGUUUUUGUGGACCAGAUAUUUCUAUUUUAUACUAUUUCUUACACUAUGCAUCCAUACCUUCAUACAAUUUCA